UCUGGAGGUUGGACUUGUCUGUAUCACAUGCUGAACGGGAAGUGACAAUUUCAGCAAGAUCUAUCUUUGCAUGUUAAGUUUGAUACGAGUUGCUGUGGGUUAUUUUGUGUUCUUCAUCUGACGUCCAAACAUUUUCCUGGUGAUUUUACAGGUGUUUAACCAGUCCGGGAAUGGUUCACAUUCAUCUGUGUACUGGUUGUAAAACGUGUAGCAGAAUCGUGAGAUUUCCUGCGGAAAAGUGAAAUUGGAACAAAAGGUAUUGAGGUCACAUAACCCAAUUUUAUUACCUACGAUUGAAGUAGACAUCGAGGGCGUUUUUUUACUUCAUUCACUCUCGGAUCGCUACUUGAUAAGGAUAUCUUCUGCACGACCACCCAUUGUGUACAAUAUCAUACUGACUUGCUCUAUACCUGGCUUUGCAGCAAGGCUGGAUGCAAUGAUACCUUGAAAAUCUUCAGCAUCAAUUCACCCCAUGCAUCAGCUUGAUUGACACAUGAAACCUGCUUAGGAGAGCUUUCUAUAUUCUUUCGUUCACUGUCACCAUAUAAUAAUCUUGCUCUUGUGCUGCUGAAGAAUAUUUAGAGUCUGCUGAGAAUGAACACUGGAUUUAGAAUUAUUUUUGAUCAAUAUAAGAAGCUGUAUGAAGAUGGUUUUUCAGGGCAAAAUACGACCUGCCAUGAUGAAGAAUUAAAAGGAUUGGUCAAACAGAAGUUAAUAGAAAGGGCUGCAGAUUUAGCCCAUUUCCUACAGGAUGAUAUGGUUGAAAUUAUUUCCAAGUCUUUGCACAAGACAAUGAAUUACGCAAGUACAUUAAAGUUGCUGAUUGGGGCUUUUGAAUUACUGGAGUUAGCCGCUGUCAACCUCUUCCUGUACCCAUGGAGAAAUGAAUUCAAAACAAUUAAAAUGUUUUCAGGAGCGUAUGUGCACUACCUAAAACCUGCAAUCUGUAAUGAAGACCUGAUAAGAUUCUUUAAGAAAAUGGGCUAUACAUUAAAGGAUAACCUCCAACUAGAAAUUAAAGACCUACCACAUUCUUUGGAAUUGAUCAGGCUGGCAUUUGAAUUCUUUGUUACGAGGAUUGAAUGUGAAAUCUUGUUGGAAAUUGUAGACAAGUUGGAGCACUACAAAGUUUCAGUUGAUGAAUUGCUUCAAGAAAGGAAAUUGAUGGAAAACAUUGAUAUUUGUGUGAAUAAACUGAAGUGCCUUCCUGCUGCUGACAGAAAUCCAAGAGAAAACCUACUUAGAAAGACACUUCCCACUGAAGAUAGUGUUGGCAAGGACUUAAGAGGGAUUUCUAGUGUAAAAAAUCAAGCCAGUUCUCAAUCCCAGAGGGAGUAUGAUGGAAAUGCAAUCCAUUCACCGACAUGGAAGUCCGUGUGGCCUGCUCCUGAAUGCCAAUGCAAGAAUGAUGAUUAUAACAAACACUUUACUGGAAUCCCUGAUACUAAUUGUGUUCCUUCAAUGAACCAAGACCCUGCAAAAGAUGGAUGUGCAUUUAACUCAAUUAGUAACUCUUAUACAGAUAGAGAUAGGAAAAUGGUAUUAUUGGAAAACAUUGAUGCUAAGAACUACAAACAGCAUUGCUGCCUUGGUAACGGUGAAUCUGUUCACUUCUGUUGUGAAACAUGUCUCUUGUUACACACUAUUAUGUGUGAAGCUGUUGAAAACUGUACCAGUCAUGGUCAUUCCUUUACAUUUUUUGGUGCUCAAAGCUCAACAUAUUUGCCAAAAGCUGAAGCUUCUAAUAGUGACUUAAAAGGGCUAUCAUAUGCAGACAUAGUAAAAACAGAUUCAAACUGUGGUAUUUGUCAACGUGCGUCUGUAAGGUUUCUUUGUGAAUGUGGUAUGCGUGUGUGUGGUUACUGCGGUUAUGAAAAUAUUUUGCUCUGCAAGAUCUGUGGCAAUAAAAUUUCAAAAGCUUGAA